UCGCGCCGCAGGGACAAUGGAGAGCGACGGCCUGCGGAACAGCCAAGCCAAGGGCAACUGCCAAGAGAAAAGCUUCCGCGGCGGCGGCGGCAACAACGGGACAGAGCAGCCCAAUUCCGCCGCGGUGCCCAUGUUGCCGGCCAUGGAGGUGGCGGAGGAGCCGGAGAAAGCGGCGCCCCGUGGCAAAGUCAAGGACCCCAGCUACAAAAUUCUCUCCCUGGUAUUAUGCGUCAUUGUACUAACAACAAUCUUAGGAUGUAUAUUUGGACUGAAACCUAGCUGUACAAGAGAUGUCAAAACAUGCCACGGUCGUUGCUAUGAGAGAACAUUUGGAAGUUGCCGCUGUGACAGUGAAUGUGCUAAACUUGGAAACUGCUGUUUAGAUUUCAAAGAAGCCUGUAUAGAACCUGCUCAUAUAUGGACCUGUACCAAGUUUCGGUGUGGUGAGAAGAAUCGGCCAGAAUACCGCUGCUCUUGUUCAGAUGAUUGUGUGGAAAAUAAUAAUUGCUGUGCCAAUUAUUAUUCAGUUUGUCAAGGGAAUACAAGCUGGCUGGAAGAUAAAUGUGAGAAUAUUAAUGAACUUCAGUGUCCAGAAGGAUUUACAAAACCUCCAGUGUUGUUGUUUUCUUUGGAUGGAUUCAGAGCUGAAUAUUUGCACACAUGGGGUGGACUCCUUCCUGUUAUUAGCAAAUUACGAAAAUGUGGAACAUACACUCGUAGCAUGAGACCAGUCUAUCCAUCAAAAACAUUUCCCAAUCAUUAUAGCAUUGUCACGGGCCUCUACCCAGAAUCCCAUGGCCUAGUGGAUAACAAAAUGUAUGAACCAAAGAGAAAUGCUUUCUUCACACUCAGAAAUGCAGAGAAGUUUAACCCUCAGUGGUACCAUGGACAGCCAAUUUGGCUGACAGCUAUGUAUCAAGGAUUAAAAUCUGCCACAUUCUUCUGGCCUGGUUCAGAUGUCGACGUCAAUGGAACCUUUCCAAAUAUCUACGAAUUAUACAAUGGAUCAAUACCAUUUGAAGAAAGAGUAGUAACACUUCUUAGAUGGCUAGAGUUACCAGAAAACGAAAGACCACACUUUUACACUCUGUAUUUAGAAGAACCAGAUUCCUCAGGUCACAGAUAUGGACCAAUCAGCAGUGAAGUCAUUCUUGCAUUACAGAGAGUGGACAAAAUGCUUGGAUUGCUGAUGGAUGGUCUUAGGCAAAUGAAACUGCACAAUUGCAUUAACAUCAUUCUGCUUUCUGAUCAUGGGAUGGAAGCAGCUAGCUGCAGCAAAGCAGCAUACUUGAAUACCUACUUGGAUAGUGUUGAAGAUUUGUUUGUAGUACCUGGCCCUGCAGCUCGCUUAAGGCCCCAAAAUGUGCCAGAUGAGUAUUUCUCUUUUGAUUAUGAAGACAUUGUCAGAAACCUUACAUGCUUGGUCCCAGAUCAACAUUUCAAGCCGUACAUGAAGCACUUCCUUCCCAAGCGAUUUCAUUAUGCCAAGAACGACCGGAUUGAACAAGUGAAUUUUUAUAUGGACCAGCAGUGGCAACUUGCUCGGAAGCCCGUUGAACUCAAGUAUUGCACCGGUGGGUUCCAUGGGUCAGACAAUGUAUUUGCAAAUAUGCAGGCUCUAUUUAUUGGAUUUGGACCUGGAUUCAAGUCUCAAACUGAAGUCGAUCCCUUUGAAAACAUAGAAAUCUACAAUUUAAUGUGUGAUCUGCUUGAUGUGACCCCAGCCCCCAACAAUGGAAGCCAUGGAAGCCUAAACCACCUUUUAAAGAAUGCCAGUUAUAUUCCAAAACAUCCCAAAGAAGAAAGCAAUCCUUCUAAAUGCCCUUUCAUGGGGCGGCGAACCUUUGCUGAUGAUCCUGGUUGUUUGUGUAAUUUAUCAGGCAUUCCACAGUUUCGGCCACACAUGAAUUUCACAACUUCGGAAAUAAAGAAGAUAGAAAAAGACAGUUUGCCAUUUGGGAGACCCAGAGUACUCCAAAAGAAGCACACCUAUUGCCUUCUUCGGAACCACCAUUAUGUUAAUGGCUUUAGCCAGAACAUCAAAAUGCCUUUGUGGAGUGCCUAUACAAUUAACAAGCAUGACAACUGGAAUGCCUCUCCAGAAGCCACCCCAAGCUGUUUUCUUGUUGACAAUCGUGCUCUUUUAAAUGCUGGCCAGAGUUGUUCAUUUUACAAAAGCCAUCCCCAGCUAAACUAUGGAUUUCUUUUUCCACCAAGUCUGAUAAAGGAUGCAAGAAAUAGUAAAUACGAAGGACUUUUUUCAAGUAAUAUUGUGCCAAUGUAUCCUGCUUUUCAAGUGAUAUGGAAUUAUUUUAAUGCAGUCCUACUGCCAACGUAUGCUUCAGCCAGAAAUGGUGUAAACGUGAUUACUGGUCCUGUGUUUGAUUACGACUACAAUGGCUUGUAUGAUACACCUGAGGAAGCUAAAAGACUUUCAAGUAAUUCAGAAGUCCUGAUUCCCACUCACUACUUCAUUAUGUUGACAAGUUGUAAAGAUGUUUCCCAGACUCCUUUGCACUGUGAAGGAUCCCUUGAUGUUGUAUCUUAUCUUGUACCUCACAGAGAAGACAACAGUGAAAGUUGUGUCACCGGCAAGCCUGAGUCCCUGUGGGUUGAAGAGAGAAUGAAGUUUCAUGCAGCUCGUGUCAGAGACAUAGAACUUCUUACAGGCCUUAGCUUUUACCACGACAGAAAACAGCCUGUGGCUAAUAUUUUACAGUUGAAAACAUAUUUGCCAACUUUUGACAAGGCCUGAUUUUUUUUUACUCCAUUGGGUUUCUGUUCAGAAAAAGAGAGACUAUAUUACAAGAAACAAAUGUUUUAAACAUUUUCUGAGGAUUCUUGAGCAAAAUGUGAGCUGGAAAGAAUCUGUGCAACAUUUGUAUCUCAGGGACAUUUUAUGGACCAAGCGUAACAGAAGAGAGCUGCUUCUCAGCCUCAUUAUCAACAUGAGUAUGGUAGACAUUUUGUAUAUCAAUGCCAGUCUGCUAGCAUUACAUAAAUGGACGCACACAUGAGAAAAACAACAAUUCUUUUCAACUACAUUAAAGUGUACUGAAGUUAUUUUAUUUUGUUUUUGUUUUUUUACAAAGCGGAUUAAUUAAUUAAAGGUGAACCAACUGGCUUGUAUAUUUCAAAAAAUGCAAAAUAAUAUAAAUAUUAUAUAAAAUA